CGAAGGUUGUCUUAGAUCAAGGCUAUUUAAUGACUUGCCACCAAGUAACUGAGCACGCGACUGCCAUAAAAUCCAAAUUGACCCACUGAUCUGGCAUUCCAGAUCCCUACAUAUCUGCUGGACGGUCCCAAUUUCUUCGGGAAUUGAAGAUUAUUUCUCCCAAUAACCUCCCUUGUCCCCAAACGAUAACUAUACUUCCAUUCGCUCGCUGUGACACAUUGAUUUUGCCGAUCUCAACUUCGAUCUCCCCGGGCGCAUAUCGGAUUCCUGACGGACUUCCGUCCUUCCCGCACCAGCAACCCCGGCCUACCUUAUAAACGCCCUGUGCCACCGGUACCACUUGGGCAUGCAGGCUUAUUCGUCAUUGGACUGAAUUAGGAAAGGAGGAAAUCAAAAAUUACAUUGACAUUCCACAACAACAAAACAACAUUGGAAAGGAGUUAAGUUGGCGGAAAACUUGAGACACCACUCGUUCUCUCACACGCAAUGUGGAUUUCCACAUCCCCGUGGCUUCCUGGUCUCUACGGGCUCGUGUUCGCCGUGAGUGCGUUGGCCAUCUCGGAUACCGACCCCGAUUUCAAAAGUGUAAGGACAAAGUUUGUCAAGGACUAUAGCGGCACAGGCCCCAGUGAACCAGCGACAGAGAAAUACUUCCACGAGUCUAGUUUCCACUAUCACUAUGAUGGAAGGUACGCCGACCAAGAGCUUUCGGAGGAAGAGACGCUGCCACACCUAUCCCAACUCAUUCGAACAUACCUGUCAACCAUGGCCGAUAUGGGUGCUGAAACAUGGAUAAUGCACGGAACUCUUCUGGCGUGGUGGUGGAACCAAAAGAUCUUCCCAUGGGACAAUGAUAUCGACGUCCAGAUUUCGGAGCCGACCAUCCAUUUCCUGGAUGAGUAUUACAAUAUGACCGAGCACCAUUUCGAUAUUCCAGGCGUCGAGGGCGGGCGAACCUAUUUACUCGAGAUCAACCCGAACUACGUUUUCCGUUCAAUCGAAGACAAAAUGAACGUCAUUGAUGCACGGUGGAUUGAUACCUCGUCGGGAUUGUUUAUCGAUAUUACUGCAGUACGGCCGGACGAUGAGAAGAGAAAAAAGGGCGACACCGGAGCUUUAAUGUGCAAAGACAAACAUCAUUUUGAUGAAAAUGACAUCUUCCCGCUCCGGAAUAGUCGCUUUGAAGACUUCCCAGUUAAGAUUCCCUUCGAAUACGUCAAGCUUCUUGAAGAGGAAUAUGGUUCCAAGGCCUUGACCGCCACGGAUUUCCAAGAUCACCAUUUCAAUGAAGAAACUCUAGUUUGGGAUGCAGUUUCGAAACGAAAGCGGUCGCUGCGACGACGAGGUGCCGUCGAUCUGCCCGUGCGAACGACGCCUCUCAAAUAUAAGAUGACAUGAUUUUGCCAACGCCACCAAAUCACUUUCAUAUUCGCUCGACGAGCUCUAAACCUCACUCGAUUUACCUUGUAAUCAUGACGACGUGAACCUGCAUUGGAUUUGGCAAGAAUCCCCCAUCAUUUUACCGGCGUUUCUGCUAUUUAGG